AUGGCACACGCAAGCCUUAACGGAUUUCUAGACUUGUAUAGGCCGGCCACCGAAGAAUGGCUUCGGACUCUCGUAACGCUAAAGGGCGAAUUGUUAACCAUCAGUUUAGAGAGCGAUAAAGUAUCCAAAUUGAUACCCCAACAAAAAACAAAAGAUCAACCACCAAACCAACAAGAGCAAGAUACAACUCAACCAACUAAUUCAGGAGAGCAACAGAACGAUGAUUCCACCAUCGCUCAAUCGAUCAAUAUCGAUCAAGAUAAUGAUACUACUGAUAACACUACUAUUGCCAAUGACGCUGAAUCAAGCCAACCACCCAACUCCAUCUUGGAUCAAGUACGCCAAGUAACAGUUGUUAAACAAGAUAUUGGAGGCCUUGGCAUCAGUAUUAAAGGUGGAAUCGAAAAUAAAUUACCAAUAACAAUAUCGAAAAUUUUUAAAGGCUUGGCCGCUGAACAAACAAACAGUCUAUAUGUUGGUGAUGCUAUCUUAUCAGUCAAUGGCGUCGAUCUAACCAAUGCUACGCACGAUCAUGCUGUCAAAGCCUUAAAGUUAUCUGGACGUGAAGUUGUGCUACAGGUAAAAUAUUUACAAGAUCAUGAUAUACGUUCUCGCCAACAGCUGCUGAGUUCAUUGGUUUCUGAAGUGGAAACGUCGACAAAUGGUGAAAAUUCGAGCGGAUUUCAAAAUUGGCGAGAAGUCAAAACGAUACCCUUAAAGUUAUGCCACCUAACCCAGUUAAUUUCACCAUCAGUUCACAAUAAAACCAAUACAACAUUUGAAAUUCGAACCAGCGAUGGCUGCCCUGCAUGCAUAUUACGCUGUAAAGAUCAAGAUGAAUUCGAUCAAUGGUUUGAGGCUAUUAGCCAUAACGCUGAACUUCAGAUUAAAGUGGCAAUUGAUGAAGCCAAUCAAGUGCUAGAUGCAAUUGGUAAUAGCCGUGAAAUAAAGCAAAUGGGUUGGUUACAUGAACAAAUAACCACUGCAAGUUCCGAAAACAUUCGAGAAAUCAAGAAAUGGAAACCAGCUUUCGUUGCCCUCACUGCUAAAGAUAUCUUAUUGUAUAAAAGCAUCCCAUGGUCGAGAGAUGAGUGGUCAACGCCAGUUGUUAGUCAUCCUUUGCUUGCAACAAGAUUAAUUAGUUGCAGCAACAAUACACGUAAUAAUGAUUGGAUAUUUGCUACACGCACUGGCUCGCGAAAUGGUGUAGAAACCCACGUUUUUCGUACGGAAACGAAUCGUGCAAUGAAAUCAUGGUCUCGUGCAUUGGUACAGGGAGCCCAUGCAGCGGCAGCACUAAUUAAAGAAAUUAGCUGCGCGGUAACGCAUAAGAAUGAAGAUGCAAGACUAACACUUCAUUGGGAAGAUGGCUUUUGUUUAGCGGCUGCAAGAUCAUCUCCUGAUGGUAGGCACCGAAUCCCCCGAAUCAUUUGGCGGUACCCAUACGAAAGACUUAGAAUGUCCUCAGAUGAUGGACAGCGCUUUUUAUACCUCGAUUUUGGAGGUGACGAUGGAGCACAAGAAUUGGAUCUUCAUGGCUGUCCUAAGCCGGUUGUGUUUAUCUUACACACGUUUCUAUCUGCAAAAACCACCAGGCUAGGAUUGUAUUGUUGA